AUGAUGGCAAAUAAUCGUAUCCCGUCCGGGCCCAACACACCUGGAAGCCAACAGACGCCUACUCAGCAGGGUAUAAAGAUAUUCAUUCAAAGAGAUUAUUCUGAAGGGACUGCAGUUAAAUUCCAAACAAGAUUCCCGCCCGAGCUAGAAGACAGAAUAGAUCGACAGACAUUUGAGUUUACUAUGGAACGACUCAAUGAGCAUUUUGAGAUGGCCGAAACUGCAGACUGUAGUACAUAUUGUGAAGGAUGCCUUGCCUGCCUCACUGCAUACUUCAUUUAUAUUUGUACGGAGACACACUAUGAAAAGCACCUAAGAAAAAUAUCAAAGUUCAUUGCAACACAGAACGAAAGGGUAUACAAUCCUAGAGGAAUUCACAUAACGGAUCCCAUUCUACGAGGAUUGAGAGUUAUCGAGAUAACGAUAAUAGAUGUACCAAACUGUCAAAGUCCGACCGGUAAUUCAACGUCGAGUCAGUUACGACACACUUGA